AUGGGUGCGGGCCAGUCGACUGAUUAUAGUGGAGCAUCCCCAGAGGAGCUAAGCCACCUGCUGGCGGAGCGUUUCGCCGCAAAAUGCUUCUCGCCAUUAGAGCUUACGCAUUUCAAAGACAACUUUUUCUCUCGUGCGGCAGAGCACGGGGGUUUUCGUUACUGGAAUGAAAAGACCCUCUCGGAUUUCUUGGGGGUUCCGGAUGGGUUCUCGGGCGUGGAUCAGGCUUCCCUUGACGCGGGACCUGUUCUUUUCCGCAUGGUUUCGUACCUUGGAGCAUUCCCCUUUCAGAGUACCUUGGCGCCAAGUGUUUUGACGUUCGAGGCCAUGGUCAAGGUGGUGGUCCUAUUGACUGAGCGCUACGGCAAAGUGCUCCGCCGAGGGCGGAAAGACCGCGUUAAGUUGCUCUUUGGUAGCCUUGCUGAUGUUGGGAGGAAGUACAUCGGACCACCCCCAAAACAAAAUGUAGAGAAUGACCAUAGUCAGCCAGGAGCGGAGGAAGAGCCUGAUCCCUCUGCUGUCAGCUCUCAUGUUCCGGGAUUCUCUAUCGACGAGCCCGCCAAUGACGAUUAUGAUGAAGAUGAGGAUGAUGACCUUGCUCUUGCGGCAUUGGAGUCCCUUGAUGCAAUUGAGGUGUUCAAGCAUGACCACCGUGUUGAUCGGACUGUCUAUGAAACACGCAUUUCGAUCGAUACCUUCCGCCGGCUGCUUAUGCUGUUGCUUGUGAUUGCGCCUCUGAAGCCACUUGAAUCCGUCAAGACCUACACAUAUGACCUGAGUCCCGACCGGCUUGAGGCAACCCAAAAAGAAGCCGAUAGAAUCAUUGCAGCGUUCUCUCCAGAGGAAUGUGAUGGCGGCAUAUCGUACAGGGCAUUUGCCCGUACAAUCUCGACAUCUUUACCAUACUUAUUCGAUCCUCUGACGGCAUUGUUUGAGCACAUGCUUUUCAGUAAGAACCUGAUGCUUUCCCAAAGACGACAGAGUGACGUUGCCCACAAGGAGGAGAUAGAAGAGAAAUCUGAAGAAGCCCUUUCGGCAAAGCCAAUUAUGCUCCUAGGAAGCUUCGAGUCGACAAUACUCAACCCAGCGAUCCUUUCCCACAUGUCAUUUUUCUUGCCUUCGCCUUCACCAUCUUCGAACCUUUUCAAAAGUGGCAUUCGUCUUCAUCCUGUCUUCUCCACAACCGCUCACGGCUCCUCACUGACAUCCUUCUCCCACCACGUUCUCACCUGGCAGUCUGCCAGUCUUCUUAUUCUGCAAGGUACACCGGAAGGAGACAGUGAGGAGCUUGUUACAAUUGGUGCCUACCUCCCGAAAUCCUGGAAAUCACCCUCAUCACACAGCUCGUCUUCGGCCUCAAGCUCCGAUCCUCUUGCCUACCUGUUCCAACUUUCCCCUAAGCACCUCGUUCUGCCUGGAAAUCCAGCUUCAGCUAUCCAGAAGCAGACCAAUCUGCCCGUAGCGUGGUUCUCAACACAAACAGGACUUGCAAUUGGCUGCCAGAUUCCGCCGCGUUCACGCAGUCAGCAGGCCCAUCCCAGUCCACAUGGAGCCGCUAGUUUACUAAUCGAUGUGAAUCUCGAAAUCGCCGAAUUCCAUGUCGAGCCAGUCGGUCACAACGGCGUUUUCAUUCCAUCCGGGACUGCAUCACCGGAGGACGCGUCGAUCAAGACCCGCUUAGAUAUCUAUUCACUUGAGAUCUGGGGCGUGGUCCCGGACCCGGAGCAGGCGUUUGUCUCGGACCCAAGCUUAAGUGCUGUUGAGCUGCAGCGGGCUAAGUGGGACUUCGAAGCUCGCGAAGCCGAGAGACGGCGCAACAUUAAUCUCAAAGCUGGGGCCGGAGACUCUGCAAAAGAGAGUGCUCGGUGGCUGCUAGAAACGGCAGGGAUUAUUGGUGACCAAGGGCAACAUUCAGGCGGAAGUGUGUGA